AAGAACAGUGGAAAGAACUAGAACCCUCCUGCAGAGAAAAGAAACUGCAAGGCUGCUCUCAAAAAUUCUAGACGUCUCCACCGUGUGCUUUAAAUCAGCCCUGCGCAAUACUCAUCCCAGCAUACACAGAAAGCAAUUACGAGAAUCGUCAAAAAAUAUUAAUCAGUAUUCUCUUACUUUUCCGAAAACAGAUCCAUAAUGUCUCUGGUUCCCAGCCUCUUUGGUAGGAAAUCCAGCGUAUUCGAUCCAUUCUCUCUUGAAGUGUGGGAUCCGCUGGGAGCUUUUAAUUCCAUUACCAGGGAUUUAGCUUCUCCAGAAUUUGAAAGGGAAACAGCUGCCGUUGCAAACACACAAAUCGAUUGGAAGGAAACUUCCGAUGCGCACAUUUUCAAGGCCGAUCUGCCAGGUCUGAAAAAAGAGGAGGUGAAAAUAGAAGUGGAAGACGGACGGAUCGUGCAGAUUAGUGGAGAACGCAAUAAAGAAGAGGAGCAAAAGAAUGAGAAAUAUCAUCGAGUGGAACGCUCACGCGGCAAAUUCCUGCGAAGAUUCCGACUGCCAGAGAAUGCAAAGAUGGAGGAAGUGAAAGCUGCUAUGGAAAAUGGAGUCCUGACGGUGACUGUGCCAAAGCAACCGGAGCCGAAGCCAAAGGUCAAAUCCAUUGAGAUAUCUGGUUAAUAGCCUACAAUAUUUACAUCUGUGGAGGGAAUUUUGAAAUGAGUCUUCUGGGAAAUGGCAGUAGAGGAGUAAAAUAAAGAACAAAAAGAAUAUUGUUGCUCUACUUGGAGGGUUUUCCCUUAUCAGCCAUGUAGAGGAAUAAAAUAAAGAAUAUUGUUCUGUACUUUGAAGUUUUUACCUUAUCGAGCCAUGUAUAUAUUAAUGCAAACGGUGCUUCGUAAAUUAAUAUAAUAUUGGUUCUUAUUUUCCCAUA